AUGCAAAGAUCAGAAGAGAACUUACCGUGGAUCGAAAAGUACAGACCGGAAACGCUAGACGACGUCUACGGCCAGCCCAGCGUCGUCAACACCGUCAGAAAGUUCGUCCACGAGGGCAGGCUACCACACCUACUAUUCUACGGACCCCCGGGCACCGGUAAAACAAGCACCAUCGUCGCCCUCGCCCGCGAGAUAUACGGCCCAAACUACAGAAACAUGGUCCUCGAACUCAACGCCAGUGACGACAGAGGUAUCGACGUCGUCAGAAACCAGAUCAAGGACUUCGCCAGCACCAGACAGAUCUUCAGCAAGGGCUUCAAGCUCAUCAUUCUCGAUGAAGCAGACGCAAUGACCAACGCUGCCCAAAACGCUCUAAGAAGAAUCAUCGAGCGCUACACCAAGAACACCAGGUUCUGCAUCCUCGCAAACUACGCCCACAAGCUGACCCCGGCCCUCUUGUCCAGAUGCACAAGGUUCAGGUUCCAGCCGCUCCCGGAAGCUGCCAUCGAACGCCGCAUCGCCAACGUCCUCGUCAAGGAACACCUCCAGCUCUCGCCCGAGGCCCACCAGGCCCUCAUCAAGCUCUCCCAGGGCGACAUGAGACGUGUGCUAAACGUCCUACAGGCCGCAAGAGCGACCCUGGACGACCCUGAUCCUAGCACUACUGAUUCCCACACCAUCACCGAAGAUGUCAUCUACGAGUGCAUAGGUGCUCCGCACCCACGUGACCUCGAAACGAUGCUCGACUCCAUCCUCAAGGACGACUGGACUACAACGACAUACACGGUGAACAAGAUCCGGGCCACGCGCGGGCUCGCGCUCAUCGACAUGAUCGAGGGCAUGGCUGAACUGCUGGACGACUACGAGCUCAAGCAAGAGACCAGGACAGAGCUGCUGGCUGCCCUGAGCGACGUUGAGUAUGCGAUUGCAAGAGGAGGGAACGAUGUGAUUCAGACGAGCGCAACCAUAGGUACCAUCAAACGGUGCAUGGAACUCGAACUGUGA